AUGGCACCCCCUAGGCCCCUUCUGAUGCUGACCCUGCUGGCCUGGGUUGUUCUGGCUGAUCAAGAGUCAUGCAAGGACCGCUGCGCUGAGGGCUUCAAUGCCGAAAAGAAGUGUCAGUGUGACGAUCUCUGCUCUUACUACGACAGCUGCUGUGCUGACUACCAGGCUGAGUGCAAGCCCCAAGUGACUCGAGGGGAUGUGUUCACUAUGCCAGAAGAUGACUACUGGGGCUUUGAUCACGUAAGCACCACUGCCCCCCCACAGCCAGAGAACACCCACCUCAACCCUAACCUGCAGGCCCCAUCUGAAAGGAUUCCUCAGCACACCCCUCAUCUGGACCAUGUGGGAGAGACCCCAGAAUCAGAACAGGAGGUCUCAUGGCCUGAGAGUACCGAUCAAGGGAUCUUCGAAUCCUCAGCAGAGGCGCUGUGCAGUGGGAAGCCCUUUGAUGCCUUCACUGACCUCAAGAAUGGUUCCCUCUUUGCCUUCCGAGGGCAGUACUGCUAUGAGCUGGAUGAAAAGGCAGUGAGGCCUGGGUACCCCAAGCUCAUCCGAGACGUCUGGGGUAUAGAGGGCCCCAUUGAUGCUGCCUUCACCCGCAUCAACUGUCAGGGGAAGACCUACCUCUUCAAGGGUAGUCAGUACUGGCGCUUUGAGGAUGGUGUCCUGGACCCCGAUUACCCUCGGGACAUCUCUGAAGGCUUCACGGGCAUUCCGGACAACUUGGAUGCAGCCUUCGCCCUCCCAAGUCACAGCUACAGUGGACGGGAAAGGGCCUACUUCUUCAAGGGGAAACAGUACUGGGUGUACGAAUUCCAGCAACAGCCCAGUCAGGAGGAGUGCGAAGGCAGCUCCCUGUCAGCCGUGUUUGGACACUUUGUCAUGCUGCAACGGGACAGCUGGAGGGACAUCUUUGAGUUUUUCUGGGGCAGAUCCUUGGGUGGUGCCGGAGAGCCUCGUUCCAUCAGCGAGGACUGGCCUGGUUUGCCGGAGCAAGUGGACGCAGCCAUGGCUGGCCGGAUCUACGUCGCAGGCUCAGCUCCCCUCUCCCCCUUAACCGAGAGCGCUAAGUUUGCGCACCCCGCUAACUCUAAGCGCCGCAGCCGCAAACGCUACCGGUCACGCCCUGCACCCGCCCGUGGCCACAGCCAGACCCGGAAAUCCCGUUCGAUCUGGCUGUCCUUGUUCUCCAGCGAGGAGAGUGGCCUGGGAACCAACGACUAUAACUACGACUUGGACUGGCUUCUGCCUCCCAAAUGCGAGCCUGACCAGAGCGUCUACUUCUUCUCAGGAGACAAGUACUACCGAGUCAACCUUCGCAACCGGCGAGUGGACACUGUGAGCCCUCCCUACCCACGAAACAUUGCCCAGUACUGGUUGGACUGCCCAGCCCCUGGUCACCUGUAG